AUGAAAUUUAAUAGCACAAGUUCGAUGUUGUUUAUCGGGCAUGAUAAAGGAAUAAAGAUACAUGCAUUUCAAAAUGGAUGUUUACAUAAAAUCUGUCAAUUUUAUCACAGCAAGAAUGGAUUGAUAAACUUGAAUUGCAAAAAAGACACAAAUUUAUUUUCUUGCUGCGAAAAAAUGAUUAAAAUGAGAUCUCUAUUUGGUGUAAACAAUUAAAAAAUUCAAAUGAAAAUUCAUGCAAAUAACAACUUAUUUACUUGUUUUGCCAUAUGUGAAAAAAAAAAUUUAAUUGUUGCAGGACUUGAAAAACUGAUUUAUUUUUGGGAAGAAAGUGGUCAGUGUGUAGUUAAAUUAGAUUUAAAAGAAAUUGAUGAAAUUGAUGAUUGGGUGUUUAGUCUUCGUUUUAAUGAGUCUUAAAAUAAGCUUAUCACAUGUUAUGGAAAUAAUACUAUAGCAAUAAUUUAAUAAUAAAAUAAUAAUAUAUAAUCGUGGAAAAUUAUUUAAUUAAUAGUGUUAAAUAAUUUUGGAGCCUAAGCAUACUUUUUUGGGGAUGAUAUUUUUGUUGUUCAUCCAUGGAUGAGUAAGACGAUGUAAGUUUAUAAAUUUUGUGAAGAAAAUUAUUUAUUCAAAUUAUCAAAUUCAUUUCUUUUGGAAGGAGAAGGUUAGUAAUGUAAUUCUUUUUAAACAAUAUACAUAAAGUAGAGGAGAUUGUUUAUUAAAUAAGAUAAAAAUAUUCUUUGUUUAUUUCUAAUAGACAAAAAUUAAGAGUUCCAAGUAUUUUAGAAAGUUAAAUUUGAGGGAAACUUCAUUUUUGGAACUAUAAGUGAUGAUGGAUAAUGGUUAAUUAUAUGGGAAGAAUUUUCCAAGUAAAUGGAGGUUAUAUCUUUUUGUUUUUUAAAAUGA